ACUUUAAAAAUGGCUGCGCCCAUAGUUUGGUGCAGGGUACGGGAGUGUAGAAAGUGUAUGAGUGUUUGGUUGCGUUACAGUCGCUUUACUCAUACAAAUCCAUGGAAAGAUACUAGCAAUAGUGCAGAAGUUGAAUUUGAGCUCGGUGAAAGAGUAUAUAAGUUUAGUACUGGGAAACUUGCAAGAUUUGCAGAUGGAGCUGCUGUUGCUCAGUUGGGAGAAACUUCCGUCCUUGUCACCACUGUCAGCCAGAAAUCUGGUGGGAAUCAAUCAUUUCUUCCUCUCACAGUUGAUUUUAGACAAAAAGCUGCUGCUGCUGGGAGGAUCCCCACAAAUUUUUUACGGCGUGAACUUGGUCCCUCGGAAAAAGAAAUACUGACAAGUAGAAUCAUUGACAGAUCAUUGCGACCAUUGUUCCCUGCUGGUUUUUAUAACAACACUCAGGUUAUCUGUAAUUUAUUGGCUGUUGAUGGAGUCAAUGACCCAGAUGUUAUCAGUAUCAAUGCAGCUUCAGCAGCUUUGGCAGUCUCAGAUAUACCCUGGGGUGGGCCUGUAGGUGCUGUUAGACUGGGAGUCAUAGGUGAAGAGGUGUUAAUCAACCCCACGCGUAAGCAGCUUCAGAAAAGUAGUUUAAAUCUGGUCAUAACUGGCACAACUGAGCGUAAAGUAGUCAUGUUAGAAGGUGAAGCAGACAGAUUAAGUUUACACAAAGUAGAGCAAGCCUUAUCUCAGGGUUUAAAAGCUACACAGACUAUUAUUAACCAGAUAAUAGAACUUCAGACGAAAGUUGGUAAACCAAAAAGGACAGUAGAACCACCCAAGCAAUGUCCACAGCACAUAUUGGAUGGAAUCAAAAAUUUAGCCAUGAACCAUGUGAGAGAUAUUCUGUUCAACAAUGAACAUGACAAGAUAUCUCGAGAUGAAGCCCUGAAGGCUUUGGGUGUGUCUGUUGUCACGGGGAUUAAAGAAAGCUUCCCUGAUGAGGAAGAGAAUGUUAUUCAAACAGCUUAUCAAGCAUUUGUGAAACAGACAUUUAGAGAUUUGAUCCUAGAUGAAGAUAGACGAUGUGAUGGGCGUGCCUUGAAUCAGUUGAGGGAUAUUUCCUGUGCUGUUGACUUGUAUAAACCUCUCCAUGGCUCAGCAUUGUUUCAGCGUGGACAAACACAGGUGCUGUGCACAGUGACCUUUGACACUUUGGAAUCUGCAUACAAGUCUGAUCCUAUAUCUGUGAUAACAGGGAGUAUGAAAGAGAAAAAUUUUAUGCUUCACUAUGAGUUUCCACCUUAUGCUACCAAUGAGACAGGGAGGGGAGGUAUUGGUAGGAGAGAAUUAGGUCAUGGUGCUCUGGCUGAGAGGGGUUUAAAAGCAAUACUUCCAGAGGAAUCAGACUUUACAACAAGACUCACAGCAGAAGUUCUAGAAUCUAAUGGAUCUUCAUCAAUGGCUUCUGUGUGUGGAGGAAGUCUGGCACUAAUGGAUGCUGGUGUUCCAGUAAAGGAAGCAGCAGCUGGUGUGGCCAUGGGGCUUAUUACUCGAACAGAGCCAGAAACUGGAAAAAUUGUCCAUUAUAAAAUAUUAACUGAUUUGUUGGGCAUUGAAGACUAUAUGGGGGACAUGGAUUUCAAGAUGGCUGCCACAGCUUCUGGGCUCACUGCCAUUCAGGCUGACAUAAAAUUACCUGGCAUUCCUUUUUAUGUUGUGGUCAAAGCUUUGGAAGGUGGCUUUGCUGCAACCAAAGAAAUCAUGGAGAUUAUGAACAAAGUGAUAUCAACACCCAGAAAAAAUAUGAAAGUGUGUGGCCCAGUCACAGAGAAAUUGGAACUGGAUCACUCAAAACAAACAAAGCUUGCUGGUCUUGGGGGAUACAACAUCAGGAAAAUUAAAUCAGAAACAGGUGUGACAAUCACACGAAUAGAUGACAAAAGUUUUCAAAUCUUUGCCCCAAACAUGGAGGCUAUGGCUGAGGCUAAAGAAAUGAUUGAUAAAUUAAUGGAAGAACAGAAAGAACCAGAAUUAGAGUUUGGAGCAAUUUACACUGGGAAGAUUGUGGAAAUUAGAGACUUUGGUGUGAUGGUUGAGCUGCAUCCAAGAUUAAAGCCAAUUUUGUUACACAAUUCACAGUUGGAUCAGAGAAAGGUGUCUCAUGCUAGCUCUCUAGGAAUGGAAGUUGGACAUGAAAUAACUGUCAAAUACUUUGGCCGAGACCCAUCCUCCGGGUCUCACCGCAUAUCUCGCAAAGUCUUACAAGGUCCGACUGUUCCACUCAUCAGAAAUCUGAACCCUCAAGCAACAGAACAUCAAUGAAAAUAGUUGGCCUAUGUGUAUGUGAUAGCUACUUGGUUUGUGUUAUGUAAGGAUGUAUGCAAGAGGUAAUGCCAGUGCUAGUUGGAUAGUGUCAUGUAAGGAUGUAUGCAAGAGGAGCUACUUGGUUUGUGUCAUGUAAGGAUGUAUGCAAGAGGUAAUGCCAGUGUUUGAGUGAGUGACAAUAUAAAUCUGAAAGAACUUGUUGAUAUGACAGUUUCAGUUUGUAUAAAAGAGAGAUGUCACCAAUAGUUCAUACAACUGGACAACAAUACAAAUGUUGAUAAUGUUAAAAAAAAAAAGAAUAAAAAUAUUUUGAUAUCAACUUUAAAA